AUGCACGCGUGGGCAGGCAAACCGGCCAAGCCGCUCGAGCUGUCGCUGCCAGCGCUAACGCAGCCCGUACUGGGGCACCGGCAUGGGUCGCCCUUGAAGCUCGACCCUGUCGUGCCCACGACCCCGAGUCCGGCGCGCAUGGUGGCCAAAGCCCCGCCCAAGCCAGCGACGCUGCUGCCCGGGCUCGGGCGCAACCGGCGCGUCCUUGUCCGCCCGCUCUUCGAAGACCGCAAGGAGCUCCAUGCUGAAUUGGCGCGGGAGCUUCUAAAGACGCGCGAGCUCGAGCCGCCGCCGUCGUCGCCGGUCGUUGACGACUCGCUGUGGCAGCGCAGCCAAGACAUUUUUUGGGACCGCGUGCUGCAUACCCCGGUCGCUCCCCGACGAGAGAACAACGAGUUGCCCCGUCCUGCGCUACCCGAGACGAACGCGCCGAUCAUGGAGCCGCGGAAGCUCUCGACGUCCGAGUCGUGCCGCCCACCGAGCCCGGUGCGACCGCCAACCGCUACGCCCAAGCCCGAGGCGCCGCGUGUUGCCAGCCUCGUGCCGUCGCCGACACCGCGCCUUCUCAACUGGAGCGUCGACACGAGCUACAUGGUCUUUAUGGUCCAAGAAGCGACGCUCUCAUCAUCGCCCAAGCGGCAAAACCUCGCCUUGUCCGAGGCCGCGCCGCCACUGCGCCGGCCUUUCCAGAAGACCCUCUUGGAGGCGACGAUGACGCUGCCCGUUCUGGAGAAUGCUGUCAACCAUGGAACGCGCGAGGCGCUGGUGCGCAUCUCGCUCCUCUCGACGGGCGCGGCGCUCGUUUCAGCCGGUAACGCGAGCUUGACGCUGCUGCCCCCGCCAGCCUUUGAGCCCCACGCGCCGUUCUCACCCCCUUGGACGCAAGCUGUCGUGACGCACUUGGCGUUUGCAGAUCCCGAGACACUAGUGCUGGUCGAUGAGUCGCCACUGGAGCCGCUUCUCGCCCAUGCCCUCGCCACGUCAUCGGCCGACGCCCCGAGUCAUGUUGUCGAAACGUUGCUGCUGGAGAAACACCAGUCGAUCCAGCUUUGCGUAGCGCCCGAGCACUCGACCGCGUCUUGGAGCGUCUUUUUGGACCACACGGAUCUGCAGCGGAUUUUCCUACACAGUCGGCAGCUGCACAUUUCAAUGGACGAAGCCAAAUUGCUGCUUGACGACGUCGUGUGGCUGCGCUCGCUCGUGACGGACAUGCCUUUCGUGCACUUGCUCGUGCAGCAGGCCGCGCUCGAGGCUGCAAUGCGCUCGACACCGUCGUCUGUCGAGAGCACGACCCUUGGUAUCGAACCGCUUCGGCCAAAUACUGUCGAGUCGAGUAGUCCUCAGCACGACCGGCGCGUUCAUGUCGACAUCGAGCCGCUUUCGCCCCAGGUGCAGAUCGUCCGCGCGCUCUCGCAGCACUUGGCCGACGUCGCGCUCCAGAACACAACGUUGUGGCUCCAAAAGCAAGAGGCGGCGUUCCUGUACGCCAACAGCUACAUCAAGCCGGCCGUGCCGCCGCGGACGCGGGCGAGCGCGCGGGCGUCCAUCGUGCCCCAGGCGCUUGACGCCAAAGUCGAGACGCUCUUGGCGUCGUACCAGCAAACCGAGAUCGAGCGACUCGCGAUUCUCUUGUGGAUUGACGAUCUCGUGCUGCACUUUCUACACUACGAAUGCCGCGUCGAAUUGCACUUUGCCAAAGUGUCGGGCGGCUACAACGACUACCUCGCGACGCGGAUCCAGUCGGUGUUUCGCAUGGCGCGGCAGCGAAAACAGUAUACGAUGCACCAGCGCGUGCGGCACUCGGCGGCCAAGCUCAUUCAGACGCUGCAGCGCGGUGUGACGGCGAGGAAGCGCUACAUUGAGCGCAAGCUCGAGCGCGAACGGUACUUUUACUUUGGCUUUCGCCAUUACGUGCACGUGGACGACCCGGUUGCGACGUGGGAGGCGCAAGCGGCGCUGCGCGAGCACCGCCGCGUCGCCUUCCUCCUCACGCUCUUGCGCGACGAAAUGGCCGAUGUGCAAAGCGUGCUCAACCAGUACGGUGUCGUCGUCGGGUGCCCUAUCGACAUGGGCGACCGCGUCGUUGCGCGGCUGCGUGACGGAGUCCCCUCCCUACCUCAUGUGCAAACUGCGAUCGUCGCCGAGCUGCGCGCUCUCGGAGACGACACGUACGGCCACCCGAGAACGCGCACCUCGGCCACGCCCCGCCACGUCCUCAAGAGCUUCCCGUCGCUGCACAAGUCGAAUCGCGUUCAGCUUGCGCGCGAGAAGGAGGCGCGGCGUGUCGCUGGGAUGCAGGCCGCGCACAUCCUCGCGCACGAGUUUCGAGACAUGCGGCGACACGAGCCGCUCGAGACACAGCGCGCCGCGUGGGCCGCCGACUUGAACGCCCGGUACGUAGACGAGACGCGCACCGCCCAGCUCGACGUGACUGAGCUCGUCGCGGUGGGAAUGGCUCACCUCCAGGACGCGGUGAAGGUUUGGGGCCUCGACCCGAACCCGAUCUUUGACAUCUGCAACGUGUGCCUCGUCCACCGCUUUGGCCAGGCGGCGCUUCAGGCCCUCGAAGUCGAGUUCAACGAGUUUGCACUUGGUAUGAACGCGGCGGCGCUCCACGACGAAGUCCACAGCCUCCGCGAUGAGAUCGAGGAGGAGCUUCCGGGCUUUGAGAAGCUGCUGCUUUUGCGCUGCCUCAAUCAUGGCGCGGGCCUCCUCAUCACACCGGCCAGUGAUAUCCUACAUGUGCUGCUCCACGGGCCGCAGACGACCGCCGAGAACAUUCGCGUGGCAUUGCCGACGGUGCUGCCGGUCGCGACCUUUCUCGAAAAGCUCCAGCUCGGCCAGCGCCUCUUGGCCGAGUACGCGGACGAGAGCUAUGGCCACGGCCUCUGCCUGAUCCUCGCAAGCUGCUUGGACGCCGCGGGUACGGCGACGCUGGAAGCCGGUCAGUUUCUCGACCGCUUUGCCAAGCCCGCGCUGGUCGACGAGCGCGACGAGGACGUGCGUCGCGCGAGCUCGCCGCUGGCCCACGCACUGGACCUCCUCACGGGCACGCACCUCUACCGCCUGCUGGAGUUUUGCGCCAAGGUGGCGCCCAUGAACGAGCGGCUCCGUGAGAUCGUGCGAUGGCACCUCGUGCCGUACGUCCACGACGUCCACCCGACGCGGGGCAUGGCGCUCGAGUCCCACCGCAUGUGCAUGGUGGUGCUGCUGCUACAGGAUGCUGCCGCACGCCGGCAAGUGCUCAGCAGCCACUUUGCCAAAUCGACGUUGGAGGCCUGCGAUGCGUUUUGGGCCAUGUACGCGGCGACAUUUGGCGCGUCGGUUGCCGCCGCUGGCCGGGCGUCCAUGGCCAAGUAGAGGCAAAGAUCGUGGAUUCCACAUAUAUGUAUGUUUGUACCUCGUUAGCGCUCUACGAUGGCCAACGAUGCCAAUCCAUUGUCGUCUACGC